CAGCAGUCGGCCCAUGCCAUACUGUCGGCAGGAUAAGGAAUCAGAUUCCUACCGGUGGCACGAAGGGUCUGAUAAAGGCCCAUCUGGGAAUCAGAGAGCGGGCAAAAAUUCAACAAGUGCUGACGUUACAAGCCAGUGGUCUUCAGUACAGUCUGAUAAGCAAUACGGACGCGUUCUGUUAACUUCAACCUUACUUGAAUAUAAAGAAAUGGAGAGCAACCCAUCUGACCAGAAAAGCCUAGAAGCAGUCCUCCCAGAUUCAUCAGUUAGCAGCAGCUGCCGGCCUAUGCCAUACUGUCGGCAGGAUAAGGAAUCAGAUUCCUACCGGUGGCAUGAAGGGUAUGUCUAAAUACUGACAUUUAAUGAUGAAAACUUAAACCUACACCUGUGCAUGCAGCUUAAGCGGGACCAAAACCCAAAGACUUUACUCAAUAAUACUAUGCAGCAGUGAAAACGUUUAUAUUAUAUGGCUUGUGUUUUUAGCCGAUAUAACGCACACUCUGAUUGGCAAGCUCUAGGGUAUUACUCUCCCGUAAUGCGCACAGGUCGAUUACAGCCCUAUAUUGACAGAGCAAAAAACCAAAUAAUAAACAACUCAUUAACCUCGAACGUUCGGUCUU